AUGUUGGUUGUACUCGGCCGGCCUGGCAGUGGCUGCUCAACCUUUCUAAAAAUAACUUCCGGCGAGACUCAUGGUUUCAAUGUUGACCCGAAAUCAGAAAUCAACUAUCAAGGUAUUUCUGCGCGACAAAUGCAUCAUCAAUUUCGUGGUGAAGCCAUCUAUACGGCCGAAACAGACGUCUAUUUCCCACAAUUGACAGUGGGCGAAACCUUGUCGUUUGCCGCCAGGGCCAGAGCACCACGGAAUCGACCCCUAAACAUCUCAGGCGAUCAGUACGCCGAGCAUAUGAAAGAUGUCAUCAUGACCAUGCUGGGGCUUAACCAUACCAUGAAUUCAAAAGUUGGUGACGAUCUUAUUCGGCCGUUAGUGGCGGUGAAAGGAAACGAGUUACUAUUGCAGAAGCAGCACUUAGCGGUAGCCCUCUGCAUUACCCUUCGAUUGGAAACUGAGCUAUCUGGCUCCACGGCCUGUGUAGCAAUCUACCAGGCAUCCCAAGAUGCUUAUGAGUUCCAACGGAUCUUCGACAAGGUCAUCCUGCUAUAUGAAGGCCGCGAAAUCUAUUUUGGGCGUACACAAGAUGCUAAAGACUAUUUUACUGCGAUGGGCCCACUGGAGCGAAUAGUCAGACCUGGAUUUGAGUACAUGGUACCUCGGACCGCAGAUGAAUUUGCUGCUGCUUGGAAGAAAAGUGCGCAUCAUGCUCAGCUUAUGGUGGACAUUGAGGACUACUAUGACGAAUAUCCUGUUGGUGGUGAAUCUGUACAGACCUUCGAGAAUUCCAGACGAGCUCAGCAAGCGAAUAUGCGAAACCCUGCAAUAAUCUUUGCGUUCAUGAUCUUCUACAUGCUCACAUACCUCUUCUCGACAGAGUACAUCUCAGCUGCAAAAUCGAAAGGAGAAAUCCUACUCUUUCGCCGAGGCUAUGCCCCAGCACAUGAACCGGAGGCACAAUCUGACAUCGAAAAAUCAACCGACGCUGGACAAAGUUUGGAUCAGGCUAUGGACCGGCAAGUCUCCGCCACGAUUCAACAACAAACUGCGAUCUUCCAGUGGAAGGAUAUCUGCUAUGAUAUCAACAUCAAGAAGGAACCUCGCCGUAUCUUGGAUCAUUUAGAUGGCUGGGUCAAGCCAGGGACACUGACUGCUGCUAUGGGGUGGUGUCUGGCGAAGCUUUAUUUGAUGGGCGUUCGCGAGAUGCCUCAUUCCAAGGGAAAACUGGUGCGAGAAGGACUCCAGUUCAGCGCCUUGCUACGUCAGCCAGCGAGUACUACCAAACAAGAGAAGCUGGGCUAUGUCGAAGAGGUUAUUAAAUUGCUCGACAUGGAGGCAUAUGCAGACGCCGUUGUUGGCGUACCAGGAGAGUGGCUCAAUGUUGAACAACGUAAGCGACUGACCAUAGGCGUGGAACUGGCAGCAAAACCUGAACUUGUUCUGUUCCUUGAUGAACCAACCUCCGGCCUUGACAGCCAGACCUCCUGGGCCAUUCUUGACCUUCUCGAAAAGCUCACAGCCCAUGCCAUGCUCUUCCAACGUUUUGACCGUCUCCUCUUCCUUGCUGCUGGCAGCAAACCUGUCUAUUUCGGCGAGAUCGGCCCAUCCUCCUCCACCCUAACAACCGACUUUGAGAGAAAUGAGGCAGAGCCAUGUCCUCCAGACUCCAAUCCUGCAGAAUGGAUGAUCGAAGUCAUCGGCGCCGCCCCCGACACAACCAGCUCCAUCAACUGGACAGAAGUCUGGGACAGCAGCGCCGAAAAGCCAUCCAUCACGCUGGACUUGACCACUCUCCAACCAUCACCAUCCAAAGAUGACUCGACCUACCGGCCCUUCGCCGCCCCCUUCCACACUCACAUCCGCCUCUACCUCAUCCGAAUCUUCACACCAAUACUGGCGCACACCAACCUACAUCUACAGCAAACUGCUCCUCUGCAUCCUAACCGGCCUCUUCAUCAGCCUCUCCUUCCUCUACUUCAACAACAGCUUUUACUCCCACCCUCCAAGGCCUCCAAAACCAAAAUGCUGGGAAUCUUCAUGCUCAUGACCAUCUUCGGCAACAUCGUGCAACAAAAUCUUCCCCAACUACCUCGCGCGCAACGUUCGCUGUUCGAGGCCCGCAAACGCCAAAGCAAGAUCUACAGCUGGCCUGCCUUUUUACUUUCCAACAUCCUCGUCGAACUGCCCUGGAAUACGUUCCUGGCGCACGUGGCGGCGAGCGUCGAGCCGCGUGUCUGGUGGCGCGAUUUCGGGAUCGUAUUGACAUUCUCCGUCUUCAAUGUAUGCGCCGCGCUGCUGUUCUACUGGUUGGCGAGGGGGGUGCCCAAGACGAAAGACUCCCACGGAGAAGGGGAAGGGGAGGGAAGGGCGGGAAGGGUGAGAAGGGGGAAAGGGAGAGGGAGAGCUCAGGACAUGCCUACCUAG